AGGAGGAUCUUCCGGAGGAUCAUUGGUUCCCAAUGGAAUACUAUGGCAACGAGGAUGAGGGAGGUAUGAACGGGCAUUUUUACCACGUGUUUAACACUGUGAGGCUUCAUCCCGUUGCAGACACGUCUCACAUACUGAUACUGUGAUAGCCGCUGUAUUAUAAAUUUCCUGAGGGUGCACAGGUUUAGGGGUGUACCAGUGUAGUUGAUGCAUCUGUAUUUUUAUUUUUGUUGUGUUUCACUGUGGCUCUUGCACUCUGCAUCUCUCAUCUUUAUCAUAUUGUGCAACUUCUGUGAUGUUCAGAUGUCCUGUGCUCUGAUUCCCAACCUAGCUUGUGCUUUGUGUUUUUCACUUUGGAUGUCAGCUUUUUGAAAUACUGCAGGACAAUAAAGCUCAUUAGGUUUUUUUAUAUCCAAUUUUUGUCCAGUUUCUGCAGAACAGAGGCAAGUGAGCAUGUGGAGAAAGAGCUAUAGGAGAAUGUAUUAUCUCAGUCUCAGUAAAAGGACUCUGUAUGUGAGUAGGCACCUAUAGGAGAAUGUAUUCUAAUAUUUUUGUUAGCUU